AUGUCGUGGGUAUUCAAGCAAUCCCUCUGGGCACUGCUUGGUAGUAUUGCUCUGAUGCUCCUAGCUCAUGCCCAGGAUCAAUCAGGCUUCAUAAGUAUAGAUUGUGGUCUAGAGCAAAGUCCCGGCUACACAGAAAGAAUUACCGGCAUUUACUACAUUUCAGACUCCUCUCUAACAGAUACAGGAGACAGCAAGUCCAUAUCGCUCGAUUACAGAGAUCAAUUUACACGGCCCUUCUGGUUCCUUAGGAGCUUUCCCCGAGGAACCAGAAACUGCUACAGCAUAAGCCUUACGGGCGGCGCUAAAUAUUUGAUCCGAGCAAGCUUCGUGUAUGGAAAUUACGAUAGCCAGAAAGGUAAUUUACCAGAAUUUGAACUACAUCUUGGAGCUACUCUGUGGGAUUCAGUGGCGUUUUCGAAUGCGUCCAGCAUCACCAUCAAGGAGCUCUUGCAUACCCCUGCGCAAAACCAUAUACAUAUUUGUUUGGUCAACAUCGGCACUGGGGUUCCGUUUAUAUCAGCAAUCGAACUCAGGCCUUUACCCACUGCAUCUUAUCCAACACAGAUGCCCAAACAGUCCUUGGCACUUCUGUUGCGCUAUGACGUUGGUCAAACGGCUAAUACAGCUGGAUAUAGGUGAG